GGGGGUUUCCUGGAUGGAUGGUUCACAUGUCGAUUUUGCCAGGAAAUCUGGGGGUAGAUAUGGUUCAGCAGGCUGUCGCUUGUGUGUGGCUAGCCAAGUUCGAAUUCGUUCGACAUUACAAUCUCGCCAAUUGUUGAGGCCCUGGUGGCCAAGGGGGCGAAUCUCUUGCGUUUAUAUGGUCUUGAGAAUCGGGACGUUGCUUCUCCCUUCUGGUGCUCUUAAGUCUUGACCUGGUAUGGGGUUUCGUGAUCCACCGAUCGGCCACUAGGAUCAUAUUUAACUUCGACAUUCGACUUCUGGAUCGUCGUUUAAUUGGUUGUAAAGAAAUAGUUGCCGGGGAUCCAAACUUCCAAGUCUAAGCGGUUACAAGUUGAGCAAGUGUAAAAAUGAGAGUCUUACAAAAUUCCUCCCCUUGCAUAACCGAGCAUAAUUAUCACCACUAACGCAUAACUACAAACUGAUAAUGGGCCUUUCUUCAUUUACUGCAUUCAGAUCUAGUUUGCUUCCGAUGCGCACGAAUCCCAGAAAUUUGACGGGAAUUAAGCAAUAAUGGAUUUAAACCCCUCUUCGAAAGUAUCCACUUGGCUAAUUCUCGCAUCCAUACAUACUGCCCAGCUUUCCCCAGCUUGACAUCAGAGCUCAUACGGUAUGGGAUCUCUGCACGGAUCGUUAAAUCCCCUCGACUGCUCAAUAUGCCAAAACAAUCUAAGUACGGAAGUCGAACAUACAAUCGAGGCAGUCAUCCAUCCCCUCAUAUAUGUGGAACCUCUUGGGCUUAAAUCGCAAUUUUGUCUACCCACUACGACGAGGUUGUUUAUAUCAUGGACGGCCGACAAAUCCAGAUUAUUACCGUAGUGACCGUGGGCUUGUUUUUCUCUUUGUUGAGUGUUGGAUUGCGAUGUUACACGAGGAUAUUCGUUUCGAGGACUUUUGGAAGCGAUGAUUAUUGGAUUCUUCUUGGAUUGGUCGCGUAUACUGUCACAUCAGCUCUUUCAUACCUUGGUGUUCAUUAUGGAAUUGGAGUGCAUGCCACUCAACUCACUUACGAUCAAUUAAUCGGUGCUGCAAAGUACCAAGUUCUCGUCGAGCUCUGCUAUAUUCUUUGCACCGCCAUAAUAAAAACGAGCGUCGGACUCCUCCUACUUCGCAUUACUUCUGUCAAAACCUUCUACAAAUAUCUUAUUUGGAUCAGUCUUGUUAUAAUAUGGAUAUGGUCAAUAGUAACAUUUGUUAUUUCAUGUGUACAGUGUAGACCAUUAAAAGCGUCAUGGGAUCCGUUAACUCCAGGGGUCUGUCUCGAGCCUCGUAUCAUUGCGAAUUUUGCAUAUGCCAUCUCGGCCGAGACGAUCUUCUUUGAUUGGCUUUUUGCCUUGUUGCCAAUACCGAUGUUGUGGGAUAUCAAGAUGAGCCUUCGUUUAAAGUUCUCGAUUAUGUUUAUUCUCGGUUUAGGAAUCGUUGCAAGCAUUGCUACGAUCAUUCGUCUUAAGUACCUCGUGGCUUUUCUGAACGUUACAGAUUCAUUGUAUUCCAUCGCUCCUGUUUUCGUCUGGUCUACGAUUGAGAUUGCUCUCGGCAUAGUCGCUGCGUCAACCGCCACUCUCCGUCCUCUUCUUCGUAGCUGGAAAAUCCUUGGUUUCAGCAGCGAUGGCAGCUCAGAUACUGAGCCUGGAGGCCCACGAUCAGGCUCUUGGAGUGGAUUUAAGAAGACUCCUUUUGGUCCGAGUAAUCGCACUGCGACCCAUCUAUCGAAUGAAUUGAGUCUGGGGGGUACUAUUCAUGCGCAAUCCCCGAAUCUUAAGACGGUUAAGAGCUGGAGUGGCAAGAGUGGACACAGUGAGGAGAGGAUUUUGGAGGAAGCGAGUGGAAGAUCUGCUGGUAAUGAAAGGGGACUGGAAGGGGAGAAUGAGGAGUAUGAAUUGGUUUCGAUGCCGGAUGGAAGAAUUCUGCGGCGGACGGAGAUCCAGAUCGAGUAUGAUGAGAGGAGGAAAAACUUGGAAACAGACAUGGUUUGAUUUGUGUACUAUUAUUUACGAUGAAAUGUACAAUAUGCUGUAUAAUGAUGGCGGUGCUGAAUAUAAAUACGGAUAUGGGCUUGGGCAUGGGAGGAAAGUUAUUUGCAUGUAAAGUUUUGGUUGAAGGAAACGGACAGAAUAUACCCUUCAAGUGAGCCAUAUAUUUAUAUAUAUAGCAAGUCUUAUAUGUUUUUCAACUUCCAACUUCCUAAGAGUCUUAUGUCUUUCUCGUUCAUCAUUCUUCAAAGUCAAGAAUAGUCUUCUUGAUAUCGUUCCUGUUUAUAGCGGCAGAAUUUAUCUACA